CCUGAACAAGUGAACAGUCACCCGGGUCAGGUCUCCGACAUAAGGUGGUACCUAUAGUACCCGACGAGCACCGCUAUUCGAACCCAGCCGAAUACGACUUUCUGACGAACGUAGGAAGAGGUUAACAGCGACAGGUGUCUCACCAAGAAGAUCCCUUUUAGUGGACUUUUUUUAAACGUGACCGUGGUGCCAAUUAGUGGAUGUUUUGAUUUUUAGUAUGCGAGAUUCGUGGAUUUAAUUUGAUUCAAUAGUGGUUGGUGCUUUUUGUGCAGUGAGUGGUUCAAUUUCGCCAAAGUUCACCUUAUGGGAUUUUACCUCUUUUUCUAUAGGUUUUUGAAAGAUCCUUCGAAUGGCGUCCGUUCUAAGGAUAGCAUAUUCGAUUUGUCUAUUACUUUACCUGCCAAAGAUUGAAGCUCAAGGACUAUGUGAGGUGGAAAAGGGGGCAUCUAACAUAAUUCUAGAUAUAGAAGAAAGUCGAGGAACAUCUGUUAGUCAAGAGACCGUUCCUGCAGAGUUACCAAUAACAGGAGAACCAAAUGUAGAUAUAUUCCUGGAUUUGUCUUUUCCAAAAGGAAUUCCGAUGUUUUUCCUUAACGGAAAGAAACUGCAAUUACUAUCUCCUUUAGACAGAGAUGAGAAUAAUCUUUCACAUAUUGUGUUCCAGCUAAUAUGUACAGUUAAAUCCACCCACAAAAAGAGGACUAUCCCUGUAAUUGUAAGACUGACUGAUAUUAAUGAUAAUGCACCGCAGUUUAUUAAUACGCCAUACGAAACCAGCAUUUCAGAGCUGACACCUGUAGGAACAACGAUUUUCCAGAACAUCGUAGCUAAAGACAAAGAUACAGGAGUCAAUGGACUUAUAGAGUACUCCAUAGUUAAAGCCGAUUACAUACCGCCCGAUGAUGGAAUAGGUAAAGGGCGUAUUCACAGUGAAGAUGGUUAUGGAUAUUUCGCCAUCAACUUGCCACACCAAGGUCAGGUUACCGUCAACAGGACUUUGGAUUUUGAAAAGACUCAACGAUAUUAUGUCACAAUUGUAGCUACCGACCGAGCUCGUGAUCCCUCUCAAAGACUAUCUGCUACUACUACGUUAACAGUGAAUAUCAAAGACGACGAUGAUCUUCCACCAUCUUUUAUUUACAAAAACUGCAUGCUGCUGGACGGUACUUGCAUCAAUCCUGAAUAUACAGCCUCGGUGUCCAGCGGAGUACUUCAAGGAGUACUUAACAUUUCACCAGAGAAGAUUCAAGCGGUGGACAUGGAUACCAUCAAUUCUCCAAUUCAAUACUCAUUCGUCAGUGGUGUACCUGAAACGUACAGCAACUAUUUUCGAAUUGAUUCAGAAACUGGACAAGUUCAUCAGAUUAAACCAGUGGAUACGUCGACGACAAAGAAAUUUAGCAUCAUAAUUAAGGCUCAAGAGGUUUCCGAAGCGAAACGAUCAACGACAGCCAAAUUGUUUAUUACUGUUAAGCCCGUAGAUGCCCAUCCACCAGAAAUUGUAUUAUCGUCUUUGGAAGGUUUCGUCAAAGAGAAUUCUCCCAUUGGGAAGAAGGUGUUAGAUGGCGGUGGAAAACCGAUAUUGGUUAGCGUCCAAGACAAAGAUUUCGGGCCAGACGAUCCCAAACCAAGCUAUACUUUCGAACUAACGACACCUUAUUUCGCCAUCGACAAAGAAAACCAUCUGGUAGUGAAUGAAAAUAACCUCGACAGAGAUCCUCCGAAUCCCGGAAAAUUCAAGUUUCAAAUAGUAGCCAGAGAAAAGCAAGGUAUUGCUGCCAGCGCUCCUAUGUCAGUGACAGUUCAUCUGCUUGAUGUCAACGAUAAUCCUCCAGUACUACCUAUUAUUCCUCCGGUUUCAGUACCGGCGGGAGAUAUAAGAAGAACGGUUACGAUGAUUCAAGCUACUGAUAACGAUGAAGGAGAGAAUGCUGCCAUUAGAUACUCAAUAUACCACGUCUCCAAUAACGGUAACAACAAAUUUAUGAUAAACCCCAUAACUGGGCUUAUAGAAACCGUUGGAAAAUUAAACGCAGGCGAGCAGUACAGUCUGACUGUUCAAGCAACAGAUUCUGGUGGACUAUACAGUCAAGCUAUAGUCGAAGUUACUAUCAGUCCUGGUCCGAAUACCCAAGCUCCAGUUUUUGAGCAAUCUGUCUACGACAUUGAAGUGAGUGAGGGAGCUACGAUUAAUUCCACUAUUGCUACGCUUUUGGCUGUGGACCCGGAAGGCGAUCCAGUGACAUACUCCAUAGUUUCUGGAAACGAUUUAAGACAGUUUGCUAUAGGUGCUAAAAGUGGUGUUAUAACAAUUAUAAGACAGUUAGACCGAGAAGAUUUAAACAGAUAUCAACUGGUUAUAAAAGCUGAGGAUGCUGGAAAAUUAGCAAGCACCGUACGCGUUAACAUUAAGGUAACAGAUAUCAACGACAAAAAUCCGGAAUUUGUAGGAGAUCCUUACCAUUUUAAAGUCAAAGAAGGUCUAAAUAAAACAACUGUCGGUUUUGUGAAAGCUACUGAUGCAGAUGAAGGUGUCAACGCUAAAGUCACCUAUUUCAUUCCCUCAGAUUUGCCCUUCGACAUAGACAAUGACAGUGGAGAGAUCACUACCAACACACCUUUGGAUUAUGAAAAACAAAAGGAUUACCAAUUUGUAGUAACUGCUAAAGACGGUGCUACAGAUCCCAGAAUUGCAACUGCCACAGUUUCUGUAGAAGUUCUUGAUGUUGAAGAUGAAGUUCCAAUUUUCGAAGUCCCAGUUUACGAAGCAACUGUACCGGAAAAUAUGCCAGACUAUUAUGUUACAACAGUUAAGGCAAUCGAUCCAGACACUAUCAAGAAGAUUACCUACGUUAUUCAUCAAGGACCUACAGAUCUUUUCCGAAUAGAAGAAAAUACCGGAGCUAUCUACACAACGAGAGGGCUUGAUUACGAAAAAGAAAACCAGCAUGUACUUAUUAUUGGUACAUUAGAAAACAUGUCCAAUAAAAAUGGAAGUACUACAAAAGUUAUCGUCAAUGUUGAGGAUCGAAACGAUAUUCCUCCCGUAUUCACAAUAAUCCCACACCCCAUAACGUUAGAAGACGACGUCCCAAUUGGCACCGUUGUUACUACUCUUGUAGCUACUGAUUCUGACGGAACAGCUCCUGGGAAUAAGGUUAGAUACGAAAUAGUAGGAAGAGGAAAAGCGCCGAAGUACUUCCAAAUUGACUCUGAUACAGGAGUAUUAAAAGUAACCAAUGAUUUGAAAAAGGAAAUCGACACGGAAUAUCAGGUAGACGUAAGGGCUUUUGACUUGGGCGAUCCUCAAUUAUCAUCAGUUAUUACGGUUGACGUGUAUAUUCAACAUGUAGCCACAGUGGCGCCGGAAGUGGGUCUAAGGUUUGCCGAUUCUUCGUAUAGUUUGCAAGUACCUGAGAAUGCUACAGUUGGAUAUAAAAUAAAAACUCUUACUAUUGUUAAUAGUAAAACCCAUGGAGCAAACAUACCCCUCAAGUGUCAAAUUAUUUCUGGAAAUAAGGAAGGAAAGUUCUUCAUAAACGUGACAGAAGAUAGAAAUUGUGCCAUCUACCUCAACGACACUCUUGACUACGAGACUCAAGAGAGCUAUCAUUUUGAAGUAGAAAUAAUGUCCCUAAAGGGCUUCAUCAACAAAGAGUUCGCCAUUGCCCAGAUCACCGUAAAUGUCAUCGAUGUUAACGACAACAAACCAUUUUUCAUCUAUCCUUAUCCAGAACUAGAAAAAUUCUAUGCUGCGAUUCCGUAUACGUCUCCGAUAGGAUCUACUGUGACGCAAAUAAAGGCAGAUGACAAGGAUAGUGGAAAAUUCGGCAAGAUUAAGUACUCCCUGUCGGGAAAUUCUAGUGAUGAGCUGUUUAGUAUCGACUCUUCUACUGGAAUAGUACAAACUAAGAAGUCAUUUGAGAAUUUUGAUGAUUCUUCUUUACCUAUCAGAGUUGAAGUAAUUGCCAGAGACAAUCCAAACUCAACCACAGACUUCUUCGAAAUAAGAACUUCGUUAAUAGUUAAUCUUAUUUCACCAAUGGACAGGAUGAUUUUGGUGAUAGGGGAUGCUCCGCCUGACGUAGUACAAAAUAAAAAGGAUGACAUCAUAAGAAUUUUACAAGAACAAACGGGGUUGAUAGUCGGAGUAGAACAACUAAUAUCUAGGGAAUACGUAGGAGGGAAUAAUACUUUGGAGACUGAUUCUACCGCUACCGAUGUCUGGUUUUAUGCUGUAGAUCCUGAGACUGAUACUAUAUUGGAUAGAAAUAGUUCUAUAGUUAAAAGGGCCAUUUACGAGAAAUAUGCUAUGGCGAAUAUAACAGUCGCCAUAACCAGUCAAAUUAAGCAAACGGCUGUCAGCAUCCACGAACCACUAGCAAUUCAAAAACCAAAAACGACUGUAAUGGCGUCGUUUAACACAGAUAUUUUCCCAUACGCUUUAAUUGUAAUUGCGUGUAUCAUAGGUAUCUUAGGAUUUGUAGGAAUCAUUUAUAUCUGUGUGUCUUGGUCAAGGUAUAAAUCUUACAAGGAGCAAGUCCAACGACAAUACACAGUGCCUUCUAGUCCGACACGAUACGACACAGUCUACGUAGAACCAAAUCUAAAAGAAUACGAAACUCAAGUUCUACAGAUGUGCGUACCUGUAGACGAUCAGGAAGACUACAACGAUCUACAUUUAGAUUUUAGUAAUAAGAACCACACGUUUAAUUUAGACAACGUCAGUUAUAUAAGCAAAGAUAACAAUCUUAAAAAAUAUGGCCAACAAAGUCCUGCCAGCAGUGAAUCUGCUACAACUGCUAGAGCAUCUAGUGUAGGAGAUCAUGUUUUAUCAAAAAAUCUCGAUCAUUCUUCAAGGAAUGAUCAUAUGUAUAGAUCUUCCGAUGAAGACGAAAUGAAUGCCAGUCCAACGAAUGAUAAUGUGAUGUUUAAAGAAAAGAAAGACUAUUUGAAUCUAGGUUUCACCUAUGACCACUCACCUGUAGAAACAACGACGGAACUGUAGAUAAAUAUUUUUAAGAAAUGUGUAUAGUUAUAUCUAACUAAUUUAUAAUGAUAUAUUUAGAUAUAUUUUAAAUUUAAUUUUUUACUAUGGAUAUUUUAAUAUAAAUUUAGUUUUUAUAUAAAA